AUGCAAACAUUGUUCGAUUAUAACGAGGAUGAGUGUCCAUGGUAUUACUUUGACAGUUCAUACAAAACUCUUCUGGGAGCUUGCCUCUUUGUGUUUGGUAUAUUUGGGGUGCUGCUUAACGCUUGGCUUUAUGCCACGUUCAUCCACAGUCACCUGGUUAUAUUCAAAAGUCAUGUGCUGAUACUUAAUCUCUGUUCGGCUUCACUUGGUAGAAAUUUACUUGGGUUUCCAUUCUCGGGACCAUCAGCGAUAGCUAAAAGAUGGCUGUUUGGUCCAGCAUGUUGCCAGCUUUUUGCAUUUAUGAAUCAAUUUUUUGGUGUCUUUCAAAUGAUCGCUUUAUUUGCCAUCGUACUGGAAAGAUAUUUGCUAGCAAGAUACUACAGGCGAGAAAGAACUGUGUACUUUAGGUAUUACUGGACACUUAUUGGUGUGUGUUGGGUGGUGUCGGUUAUCUUUGCCACUCCACCCCUGUUCGGCUAUGGAAUCUAUUCAUGUGAUGCAACUGGGACAGUUUGUGCACUCCUGUGGCCGUCACUCAAUUCUGGUGCAAGACAGUUGGGCUUCAGUGUGCCAUACGUCAUCGUAUGCGGGAUUAUUCCUGUUAUAGGAAUAUUUUUCUUCAUGGGAAAGGCUAUUCGACUGGAAAGAAUAUAUUAUAGGAGCGAGCAACAAAGGGAGGAGAGGCGAUUGACGAGGUGUAUUCAUAUACUUUGUAUAACGACACUCGCGUUGUGGACCCCGGCGGCUGUGCUGGCUAGCUGGCAGUGGCUUCCCUUACUGCUUUACGGCUACCGUCCACAUGUACCUCAAGUACUGUCUCUUCUCGCGCCUAUUGCUGCAGAGGCAGCGACCAGCGUCCCCGUGUUAUGUUAUCUUACUGGAGAUGAACGACUUCGAGCUGCAUUACUCGGCCGUAUGAGAAAACACUACGCCCUCUUACAUCCAGACCGAGCCAAGCGAUACAGACGGAGCUUUUAU